AGCAUUGUUGGGGCAGUGGGAAUCUUCUCUCCAAAUAGUCGAGAGGAGAGGAAAGAACACGGGCCAGUAUGAGAAGCCCAUAGCUUCCUAGGAAUACCUGGCGCUCCGUUCCUCCCUGGUACUGUCUGCCUUCUCCCUACGUCUGGAAGAGCUCCAGGGCUGCCCCACCCCCACCCCCAACGACUGAGGGACACGCAGCAUGAGCCGGUCAAGGCAUGUGGGCAAGAUUCGGAAACGUCUGGAAGAUGUUAAGAACCAGUGGAUCCGGCCAGCCAGAGCUGACUUUAGCGACAAUGAGAGCGCCCGGCUGGCCACAGAUGCCCUCUUGGAUGGGGGUCCUGAGGCUUAUUGGCACGCUCUCAGCCAGGAAGGAGAGGUAGACUUCCUGUCCUCAGUGGAGGCCCAGUACAUACAGGCUCAGGCCAAGGAGCCCCCCAGUGGCCCAGACCCUGCAGGAGGGGCCGAGGCAGGGUCCAAAGGACUCGACUCAUGCUCUCUACAGUCGGGUACCUACUUCCCUGUGGCUUCAGAAGGCAGCGAGCCAGCCCUUCUGCACAACUGGACCUUGGCUGAGAAGCCCUACCUGAAGGAGAAGUCCAGCGCCACUGUGUACUUCCAGAUGGACAAGCACAACAACAUCAGAGAUUUGGUCCGCCGCUGCAUCUCCCGGGCCAGCCAGGUCCUGGCCAUCCUGAUGGAUGUGUUCACAGAUGUGGAGAUCUUUUGUGACAUCCUGGAGGCAGCCAACAAGCGGGGGGUAUUCGUCUGUGUGCUUCUGGACCAGGGAGGUGUGAAGCUCUUCCAGGAGAUGUGCGACAAAGUCCAGGUCUCUGAUAUUCAUCUCAAGAACAUUUCCAUCCGGAGUGUGGAAGGGGAAGUGUAUUGUGCCAAGUCAGGCAGGAAAUUCGCCGGCCAAAUCCAAGAGAAAUUCAUCAUAUCAGACUGGAGGUUUGUCUUAUCCGGAUCAUACAGCUUCUCUUGGCUCUGUGGACACGUGCACAGGAACAUCCUCUCCAAGUUCACCGGCCAGGCUGUGGAGCUGUUUGAUGAGGAGUUUCGACGCCUCUACGCCUCCUCCAAGCCAGUGAUGGGCCUGAAGUCCCCGAGGCUAGUGGCCCCACUCCGGCCCAGCAAGAGUCCAGGAGCCCCCAAUGGCCACCUCAGUGGGAGCAGCGGCUCUGCCAGUGACCGCGCCUCCUCCAACCCUUUCAGCAACUUGUCGACCGGCAGCCAUACCCUCAACCAGAGUGUGUCCACAUCCUCAGGGCCGGGCAGUCCGCUGGCCCCCAUCCCACCCGCGGUCCCAAGGCUUCAGCCCUAUCACAGCCCCCGGAGAGCCGUGGCCCCACAGGCCCUGUUGGUACCCAUGAGGCCCCAUGAGGGAGCAUCUGCUCCCUACAGCAGCUUCAUGGCCUACAGGCCCACGCGGCUGCAGCUACAGCAGCUCGGCCUGGUGCCCAGGGUGACUCACCCCUGGAGGCCUUUCCUACAGGCCUUGCCUCAUUUUUGAAGGGUCCUUCCCCCUCACUGCUUUCCUUCCGGGGUGAGGACUAGGCACUUCUGAAUUUUCUGACUCAAAGGCCAUGCCUUAAUGGCCAAAAGAAUCGAGCCUGAUUCCCCGAAAGCUAAAAGCACCAGAGGUCCGGGAGGGGGUUGGAUUGCUGCCUGCCUCUGAAUGUUCCCAGGCCUGAGACCAUCCACUUGACAAACUGUAUGAGUUCCUUGGUUUUCCUCAGUAGGCCUGGCUAGCCCAUUCUGGAAGAUUCCGGGGAGGCAGCAGAGAGCCCUCAAUGACAAAAUGUGACUGAGAAUCCCUGUCGUCCAAAGGCCAUCCUGGACUUUGAUAUUGAUGUCUACAAAAUGGAAAAAUGGGUAGAUGUUUUAUUAACAGUAUCCACUUCCCAAAGACUCAGCAAGGGAAGAUUCAGUAACAAGGGUGAGAACAUUCUGGAUGUUUUUGGUAGGAAAUGCCCCUCCCCUGUUCAGCGUCUUAAAACUGGAGUUCCCCGGACCUGAUGGAUUAGUAAUGAGACCCCAGAAACUGUGAGUAUGUGGGGUCACCUGAAGCUGCCGCCAGCGGGGAUUCGACAACCUGAUUCCACAAGGCAUUUUCACAGCCUCUGGAAGGCCUUGAACUCUGGGCUGGCUGCAGGGAUGUGAGUUGUCUCGGCUGGAAAUGAAUGGCCUUCAGCAAGGCCCAAGACGGCCUUGGACAACUUUUCAAAGGUUCAGCUGGCCCCAGGCGGCCACCUGCCUCCAGGCCUGAGGUCUCUGCUUGUCCUGCUGAUGCCCUGAGAAAUAAAUGUGGAACCUUCACAAGA